GCACGCAUUUGGCAAUCGGGAGAAAAAGAAGCCGGUCUUUAAACUACCGUAUGAACUUAAUUUAAGUUCUUUACAGCUCAUGAGCUCAGCUGACUGACAGUUGAAUUUUGUCAUCAUUUGCAAUAUGUCUGUAAUAGAAAAAGUACAGCAUUAUCAGCGGAGUAUAGAAAAAUGUUUCGACAACGAAGAAAGGGUGAUGUAUUGCAUAUCCAAACUUUAUCAAUUGCCGGUCACAGUACAGCAUUUAAGGGAAACGGGAGUUGGACGAACAGUAAAUUCGUUGCGUAAAUUCGAUGGAGGUGUUGGUAAUGCAGCGAAGGCUUUGGUUUGUAAAUGGAAGACAAUGGUAGCUGAUGAAGACUCAAGUGAUCCUGAGGAAGAGGACGAAGCUUGUGUGCCAGACGCUCCAGAAAGUUACAGUGAAUCUCCAGAAUCCCCCAGUCCAGAUAACACUUCUGAAAAUAAUAGGCCGAGGCAUAAUAAUGAAGAAUCAAAAGAAAAAUCUGUAAAUAAAUCAACAAAACACGGAUCUUCGGAGCACAGUUCAAAGUAUUCACUAAAAAGCAACACUAAUUCCGAAGUUAGCAAAAGUAAUAAAAGUUCCGAUAAAGAGAGACAUUCAAAAACAGAAUCGAAAAAUCACGAACAAAAGCAGGAAAAUAGAAAGCACUCAUCAAAACAUGAAUACGAUAAUGAAAAAUCAAGAACUUCAAAAGAACAAGACACAAAAAGAAGGCACGAUUCAAAGGAUAAAAAUCGAACAGACUCAGACAUCGGUAAAGUCUCCAGUAGUACUGAAUCAUGCGAAAUGAAUGACAAUCACAGAAAACGUAAACAGGAAAAAUCAACAAGGGACAAGGAGGUUAACAAGAAAAGGAGAUAUUCAGAUUCCGAAAGCGAGGAGGAUAAUUCUCGUCUUAUUAUUAAUUCGCCAAUAGUUUCCGAGCCCGAAUCGCCUAACGCAGAGUCUGACACAGGAACUGAAACAUCAGGAACUUCAAAAAAGAAAAGUAAUCAUUCAUCAUGUGAUAAAACACCUUCGCGAAAAGAAACAAGUGAUAAAGAGAAAAAACGAAACAAAGAAAAAAGUGAUACAAAGCACAAGUCGAAAUCCGAGGGUGAGAGGGAAAGUUCAAAACCAAAAGAUUCAAAGAAAGAUGAUAAGCGUAAAAAAGAAAGUCAUAGUUCUAGUAAACAUUCUUCUAAGUCAAAAAGUUCACAUAGUUCAUCUAGUAGUAAAGAACGUAGUAGGAGCAGUGAUGUAGAGCAGGAAAAGGAUAAGAAACAUAAGCGAGAUGAUAAGUCCAAGUCUAGCGAUAGUAAGGAAAAUGACAAAGAUCAGAAAUUAAAGAAGAAAAUCAAGAAGGAAAAUAGCGAGGAAAUUGAUGGCAUUGAUUCUCAAUCAGGUACAAGUUUUGCAGAAGCUCUUGGCAUGUGCACGAUGCCACCGCCUUCACGUAAACGAGGAAACUAUCCGAGUAGUUCAUCUGCGCCAAAACCAAUUAAAGUAGAACCCGGUACUUCUUGUACUUCUGCUAAGAUAUCACCACCAAUAACAAUUAAGACUGAAGCAUCCAAUAUUAAUUUAAAUCCAUUGUCACUUUUGUCAUCAAAUGUCAAACUUGAACCAUUAAGCAUAGACUUGGCAUCAACUUUACCUGAAAUUAGUCCUAAUUAUAAGCCACUAGCUCAUAGCGUAGUUCCAGUAAAUCGAAAAAUCGAUGAAUGCAGAGCUCUGUCCGAUGCAAUAUACUGCAAAACACAAAGAACAAAAGUCUUUUCUGGAAAUAAAAGCAGUUUGACAAAUAUACCAACUUUGUAUGAACUGUGCAUUAGAGUAUUAAUAGAUAAUAUUGAAGCUCUGGAAGUUACGGGUGGUGUUCCAUAUUACAUAAUAAAACCAGUUUUAGAAAGAGCAACACCUGACCAACUGUUUAUGUUGGAACACUUUAAUCCGUACCUUAUCGAAGACACAGAUCCCUUAUGGAAAUUUCAUUGUAGCCGCGAGUUUAGAACUCAAUCGAGAGAAGAGAUGGAAUCUUGGCGAGAUAUGUAUAUGCGCUGCUUGGACGAAAGAGAGGCAAAAUUGAAAGCUUUUACGGCAAAUAUGAAACAUGCAAUGGACAAAUCUGUACCAGUGAGGUCGACCAUACAGGUGUAUGAUGAUCACAUUAAACCACCUCGAAAUGUAUUGCGAAAGCAAGCCAAAUACGGAACUGCGAGAGAUUUGCCCAUCACUUCAUCGGAAGUUAAGAAAAAACUAAUUUCUGGUAAUACUCAGAGCAAUUCUUCAACAACUUGCCCACCGUCGCCAAUAGCCCGAAUAAAAGCAUCUUCCUCUACUAUCGGAAAGAAAACAAAAGCUCCACUGAUGGCAAAAGCCAUUAAAUUCAUAAAAGGAAGUUACAGACGAUAGUUGAACUAUUAAACAGUACGCGAUUUAAACGAUCUAUCAAUAAUAAGUUGGAUAUGCAUCUCUUCCACCAAUUUUUUUUUGAAACGAUAUUCCUCGAUUACGACAUUUUUUUUUAUAAAGAAGAUUACGCAAAAUUUAUUGCGUAAAUAAAUGUUUUUUAAGUUAUUAUAUUAUAAAGAAAAACAAAACAAAUCACAUGCUUUUAUUUGAAUAAUUAAUUUAGCAAAUUUUUAAUUCAUCACCACUGUGUUAAAUGAUAUUUGUAAAUUUGUAAUUUUAUUCGUAUGCAACUGGAAAUAAAAUAUCCUCUUUUCUUUUUGUAUAUUUAAAAGAAACAAUAAAUGUUACUUUCGUGAGUAUUUGUGAUUGUGUAUAAAAAUGGACUUCGUACAACAAUGCGUUUGAUUCUCAAUUAUUAUGGGAGUCAAUUUAUCACACACAAUGUGAACAUGUCUAAAAUUUAUUUUUUAUACAUUAUAAUAUUGCUUGUAAUUAAUGUUAUAACGUAAUAAUUAAAAUAUUUCAAUUAAUGUUAAGUGAUUAGUGUAAUAAUUGUUAUUAUUAGAAAAUAUAUUAAAUAAGAAGUAAUAAA